GCCCGACGACGGCGUAGCUCAGGUCAAAGGCAGGUCAAAGGCGACAGGGAAGUCAGGGACUACUACAUCUUCCUAUCGUUGAUUUUCUCUCCAAAAUCUAAGGAUAUGGCUGCUAGGCAAAUUUCAUGGACACCUACCAUGUCAUCAUACAUGCUAGCGAACCUAUGUGCUGUGGUGACCGGUGGCCAUAGAACCGGUACCGCCUUCAAGAAUGUACAUUGGAAUGCUUGUGCCAUGGCUAUGAAUGAACAUUUUAACCGCACUGACUUAAUUGGAACCCACAUCACAAAUCAUACAAGGACAUGGAAGAGGAAGUAUAAACAGAUAGUGCACCUCAAAUCAUUGAGUGGUGCACUUUGGGAUGAAGAGAACUUUAUGAUUGUUCUUGAUCAUGAGCAUUACACAAACCACAUUAAGGACCACAAAGAAGAUGAACCCUUCCUUAACAAGCCUAUUAAACAUUAUGAAGAGAUGCUGGUUAUCGUUGGAGCUAGCAUGGCUACAGGGCAAUAUGCAAAAGGCUCAAGUGACCCUUUAGGUACAGAUGUGAUUGAUCUUGAAGAACCGAAAGCCAACAAAGCUGCUGCCCCUCAUGAAGAGGUUUCCCAAUCACCCACUUGUGGCGAGUCAGCUGCUCCCAAGUUGAAGAAAGCCAAAACCAAUCCUUCUGCAGAAGACAGGAUGCAUGCAACCAUAAUGGCUUCAAGUGAAAGGCUUGCUGUUGCCAUAGAGAAACUUAUUAGCAGCGCCAACCCCGCCAUUGAUGGUCUUUGGGAUGAGAUGAAAGAACUCCCUGGUUUUGAUUUGGAUUCCCUUGCACAUUACUAUGCCUAUUUGGUUGACAAUCCUCGUGUUGCAACAGCAUUCAAGGUCUUGGGAGAUGUCCAGAGAAAGGUUUGGGUCUCUAGGUAUGUGAAGAGUACCUUCCCUGAAGCCGACGCAUGAUGAGUUUAUAUGGGUAGUUUGACUUGUACUUUUGAUGACAACCAAAACAAUGGAGCUAAUGGCUUGUAUGGACUUGUUCUUUUGAUUACAACCAAAACAUUGAACUAUGCAUGGGUUGUAUAACUAUAUAUUUGAUCAAGUAUUCUAUGGAAUGUCGAGCUAUAUAUUCUAUUA